GGGCGAUAAAUACAGAUAUUCAGCCGUUCAUUAUAUUUUGCCGUCACGAACUGGGAAUUGUGAUAGGACUUGGAAAUCACGAGUGAGGCACCUGCGACGUGAAGCAGACUGAAGAUUUUUGGGGAUAAAAUCAGUGGGAAGGAGCAUACGACGCGUAUCUUGCGGGAGCUUCGCCAUAGCUUAUUGACAUCACACGGAGACUCGGCGUGGUUUUCCCAGCAUCGCGCAGUGAACCUACAAGAACAUACUUACAUUGCACGCCUCGGGCAACAGGCAAGGGAGGAUGGCCGCCUCCAUCCUACCCUUCGAUAUCCCUCCAUCAUUUAGACUCUUAGCACACGACUUCGGCCGCUCACUGGCGUACCUCCUCCUUCCGCUCUCACUGCUCUAUCUCUCACUCUACUUCAGCUUAAAGGGAUAUAAACGCGUCUAUGGCGUGCUCACACUCGGGGCCCUCGUGGGGUUUGCGACGGCGACAUCCGUGGCGCCAAUAAACUGCCCGCCAGCAGCGUCACUGAUGAAUUUCGGAGUUGCAGUAGGCGUCCUCAAAUCUCUCGACAUCUUCGCCCGCCGGCACCACCCACGCACCUACGCCGGCUCCGCCCCGCUUCCCCCAUCCCUCCUCGCGCUCCUCCUCACCACCGAGCUGCGCUACGAAAGCUUCACCCCGAACCCCAUCCGCGUCUCGACCUCCCCCUUCAGCGAACCCACCGAUCUCGCUCUCCACAUCGCCGCGUUCGCCGCGCUCCAGAUGCUCCCACAGGAGCACGCGGUCAUCCUCGCUUUACAGGUCCUCUUGACUAUUUACAUCCUCUGGACGACGCUGCAGCUCAUUCUGCGGUACCAUGAUAGCCCACCGCUAUUUGGACCUCUAUACCAGGCCGAUUCUCUUGGAGGAUUCUGGGCCAAAACCUGGCACAACGCAUUCGCAUCGCCAUGCACCUCGCUCGCGUACCACCCCGUGCGACGUGCGCUAUCGCGGAUUGGACUGCCGAUUGAUGCGGCGCGGGCCGGGGGGCUGGUAGCGGCAUUCGCGCUGAUGGGUGCGUUUCAUGUCUACGCGCUUUCCCCUCUGAUUGCGCGCGAGGGGCUGCGGAGGGUGUGGUGGUUCUUUGUUGGGAAUGGAGUGGCGGUUGUGUUUGAGACGGGGGUUUGGGGGAAGGAGAGCUCAAUGGGGAGGGGGAGGCGGAGGGGUAGGGCGGUGCUGGCUUGGGCGUUUGAGAUAGGAUUUGCGGCGUGGGUAGUUCGGGGGUGUGGGGUACCGGAGGGGUUGGGGGGGAUAAGGUGGGGGGAGGUCUGUGAGAUUAGGCAAGGGCCAGUCGGUAUUGGAUGGCUCGGAAUGUAAGAUUUGCUGUUUGGGGAGCGGGUUGAGGUGAUUGACUUGACUUGACUUGGGUUUAAAGCCUGGGUUGGAAAGCGUAGAUUGGAAGCAUGGGAUAGAAUAGCCUCAUUGAAGAGUUCUCAUGGAGGACAAAGCAAGGGAUAGGCAAAUAUCCGCGGUGUUGUAGCAUUGGUUUGUCUAGCGAUUAUUGUUGUACGAUAUGGGUAGCAAGGGACAUUCAUAGAUAGCAAUAGAGUG